CAAAACCUCAUAAUAAUAGAAAGAAACACACCAGGGGGCUCACACAGACAGAUAACACACACUUUAUAGGUUCAUAUCCGCAGCUUCUACUCAUUAUUGGAAGAUUAGGAGAACGCUGGGAUAAUAUCCGGGCGGUAUUUUCUCAUCUGCAUCCUGCUUUAAUCACAGAACAUCGGUCGCCUCCGCCCCUGCUGACCCAGAAAGUCAACAGUUCUGUGGCAGAUGGAGAAGCAGGCCGGGCCGGCGGAUGGAGCGGGCCCCAACAGAAAGCCCUGGGGCCCGCCGGGUUGUGGACCAUCCACCGGUGAAAGCCUGGACAGUCCUACAGGUUCUCAUGUGGAAUGGUGUAAACAGCUGAUCGCAGCCACCAUCUCCAGUCAGAUCUCGGGAUCAGUUCCUCCUGACAUCAGCAACAGAGAUAUGAAGAUUGGGAGAAGACCAGAUUUCAUGGUGUCCAAGAGGCUCAAUCCAAGGGACUCACAGGAUGAAUGUUUCCAAGGGGAAAGUGAUUCUGAGCAUCCUACCAAUGCUUUGAAUCUUCCAGCACUGAGGUACGGUGCACAGGUCAGAAUGGUCCAAAACCAGGUCCCAUUGUUACCUGGAGAGAACAUCCAGACUACAGUGAAGGAUGUGAUGUACAUCUGUCCGUUCAGUGGUCUGGUUACUGGGACUCUGACUAUAACAGACUACAAGCUCUACUUCACCAGCGUGGAAAGGGAGUCUCCAUUCAUUCUGGAUGUGAACCUGGGAGUCAUCAGCCGACUGGAGACCAUCAGUGUUCCCAACCAAGGAGAGAACAAUAAAGGACUGGAGCUGGUCUGCAAGGAUAUGAGGAGUCCAAGGUUCGCCUACAAGGCCGAGGAGAGCCAUCCAGACGUGGUGGAGGUGAUCACCAAACACGCCUUCCCUCUGUCCCACAACCUGCCUCUGUUCGCCUUCCUGUACAAGGAGCAGUUUCCUGUGGACGGAUGGAAGGUGUACGACGCAGCAGCAGAAUACAGGCGGCAGGGUCUCCCUAAUGAAAGCUGGACCAUCAGUAAGAUGAACAACACGUAUGAGCUGUGUGACACCUACCCCUCAGUCCUGGUCAUUCCCACCAACAUCACAGAUGAAGACAUCAGACGAGUGGCUGUGUUCAGAGCCAAACACCGUAUACCGGUUUUGUCCUGGAUCCACCCAGAGUCUCAGGCCACCAUUGUUCGCUGCAGCCAACCUUUAGUGGGCCCCUCAGACCGCCGCUGCAAAGAGGACGAACGCUUCCUGCAGAUCAUCAUGGACGCCAACGCUCAGUCCCAUAAACUGACCAUCUUUGAUGCGCGGCAGAGCAGCGUGGCGGACACCAACAAGGCCAAAGACGGAGGAUACGAGAGUGAAAGUUUCUACACCAACGUGGAGCUCAACUUCCUGGAUAUUCCCAACAUCCAUGUGAUGCGGGAAUCUCUGAGGAAGAUGAAGGAUGUGGUUUAUCCCACAAUAGAUGAAGCCCAUUGGCACUCAGCUAUCGACCAAACACACUGGCUGGAAUACAUCCGGCUGUUAUUAGCAGGAGCUGCAAAAAUCGCCGAUAAACUGGAGUCUGGGAAGACCUCGGUGGUGGUCCACUGCAGCGACGGCUGGGACCGCACCGCUCAGCUCACCUCUCUGGCCAUGCUGAUGCUGGACAGCUACUACCGCACACUCCGAGGAUUCCAGGUUCUGGUGGAGAAGGAGUGGAUCAGUUUUGGACACAAGUUCGCUGCGCGUAUUGGUCAUGGUGAUGAGAACCAUGCAAAUUCAGAACGCUCCCCUCUGUUUAUCCAGUUCAUCGACUGUGUUUGGCAGAUGACUCGACAGUUCCCAUCAGCCUUUGAGUUCAAUGAGCUGUUCCUGAUCACGGUACUGGACCACCUGUACAGCUGCCUGUUUGGAACCUUCCUCUACAACAGUGAACAGGAGAGGAUGGCACAGGAGGUGACCAGUAAAACCAUGUCCCUUUGGUCCUACAUUAACAGUCAAGUGGAGGACUUCACCAACCCCUUCUAUGUGGACUAUGAGCACCAUGUUCUGUACCCACUGGUCUCCCCCAGACACCUGGAGCUGUGGACCAGCUACUAUGCCCGCUGGAACCCCCGUAUGAGGCCACAGGUUCCAGUCCACCAGACCCUGAAGGACCUGCUGUUCCUGAGGGCAGAGCUCCAGAGGAGGGUGGAGGAGUUGCAGAGGGAGGCCUCCUCCCACUCCUUGUCCUCCUCUGAUCACUCCCCCUCCCCCACUCACACAGGGACUCCUCUCCACACUGCUGUGUGAUGCACACAUGUACGCACACGACUGUCCGGACCUCGCAGACUUCCAUGACCUUUACAGCGUAUGGCAGGUUUCAAAUAUAGAUUCACCAACGUAUGUUCACGUUUGUGCAAAAAGAUCUCUGACGCAGUGACGUUAUCUCACAAAUGUGUCUGUAAAUAUGUUUUUAUUCCAAAUAAUUAAAAAAAAAUACCCAAGACAACCGGCAGUGACCCACCUGAACUGCCCUGUGCUUCAGAUUUUACACUGUGUUGGUGGAAAUGUUCCUCCCCAUCUGAGUAAGCACCUCCCCAUCUGAGUUAGCACCUCCCCAUCUGAGUAAGCACCUCCCCAUCUGAGUUAGCACCUCCCCAUCUGAGUUAGCACCUCCCCUGCACCACAAACGUAGGAAUUCUGUCAUCCACAGUUGGUAGUUUAUGUUUUUAAAAACAGUUGUUACCAUGUCUCAGGGCUCGUAUUCAGAUGACUGCAGGACACAGAGGAGUCAGUCACAUGACCACCUAGACC